AUGCUGGCCACGCGCCACUCCCUCCGCCACUCCCUCCGCCUCCUCGCCCGCCUCCCCCCCCACCGCCUCCCCCCGCUACAAACACCCAUCCCCACACUCACACUCACACUCGCCCUCGCCCGCGCCCGCGCCCGCACAUUCGCCACCGCCUCCCCCCGGCCGCAAAAGCCCGACACCAAAGACAGCGAAGCCACACUUGAAGAGUACGUCCGCAGCGUGCGCACCGAAUGGGGCAGCAACCUGCCCGAGAACCUCCUCACCGACGCCGAACUCGCCCUCUACGAGCGCCACUACGGCAAGCCCGUGCGGAUGCUGCAGGCGGGCGAGAGCCCCUUCGACGACGACGACGCCGACGACGCCGAGCCCGCCGGCCUCGAGUCGGGCACACUGACGCUGCAAGGGCAUGACGGCGAGGACCUCGAGAUCUUCGAAGAAGAAGAGGGCGGAGAAUCCGAGCUAGGCUUCAUCCCCGUGCCCGUCACCAACGAGGCCGACGGCCGCAGCUUCCUGCAGCUCAAAGCCGACAUGGAGCGCGCCUUUUCGCACCGGCACCACACCGCCGACGGCGACGACGACGACGCCGGGCUCGCGGCCUACUCCACGGGCGAGGAAGACGUGCCCGCGGGCGCAGGCGACGAGCACAUCGAGCGCACGCACCCGCUGACGUCCAUCGGGCGCUUCGCCACGCACCCGUCGACCAUCCGCGUGCCGCCGUCCGUGCAGCAGCCGACGAUGGAGUCGCUGUCGAGCGUGCCCAACAAGCACCUUGACGCGGCGGCGGCGCGCGUCUUUGGCAGCAGGCAGCUGCCGGACUCGCCGGUGUUUACGAACUCGGGCGGCAAGAGCCUGCGGAAGGUGCUGCUGGACGUGGAGGACACGCGCAUGAGCGAUAUCGAGGCCGAGGUGUGGCUCGCCACGGUGCUGCCGGGCUAUUACAGUCAGAGCUUGAGCGCGCUGACGGAGCUGCGGCGGCGGCUGGGCGGCGACUGGGCGCUGGGCGGGGGCAGCGGGGGCGGGGGCAGCGAGGGCGGCGUCAAGAGCAUCCUCGAUGUCGGCUCCGGGGGCGCCGCAACCCUCGCCUGGCGGAGCAUCGUCGAAGCUGAGCAGACCCGCCGGCGCGACGAGGCCCUCGAGCGCUCUGGCGCGGAGCCCUCCACGCUGCCGCCGCCGCCGCCGCCCGAGCCCGACUUCAGCGCCAUCAAGGCCACGGUCGUGACCGCGUCCGAGCCGCUGCGCUACCGCAUGGCCAAGCACCUCAGCGACACGACGUUCAUCCCGCGCAUGCCCGACCGCAACCCGGACAACGUCUUCCACAGCCCGUCGCUCGCGCCCGGCGCCACGCUCGAGCCGAACCAGAAGCAGGUGCGCAAGACCUACGACCUCAUCAUCGCGACCCACAACAUGCUCCCGCUGCGCGAGACGCACCACCGCCGCGACCGCAUCAAGAAGCUGUGGUCGCACCUCAACCCGUCCGGCGGCGUGCUGCUGCUCAUCGAGAAGGGCACGCCGCUGGGCUUCGAGGCCGUCGCGGGGGCGCGCUCGACGCUGCUGCGGAGCUACAUCUCGAGCCCGGCCUCGACGCACCGCGCCAUCGGCGGCAACAGCGGGCUGGAGCGCGACCUCGACCCCGUCGAGAAGGAGCCCGGCGCCAUCAUCGCGCCGUGCACAAACCACGCCGAGUGCCCGCUGUUCCCGCACGGCUACACGGACGGCGCGGGCCGCAGGGACUGGUGCCACUUUGUGCAGCGCUACGAGCGCCCGAGCUACCUGCAGCGCGUCAUGGGCGAGCACACGCGCAACCACGACGACCUGCUGUACUCGUUUGUCGCCGUGCGCCGCGGGUCCGACUACCGGCGCUCUGCCACGGCCGUCAUCGAGCCCGACCCCGAGGAGUUCAAGCACCCCGACGCCGGCGCCGGCGCGGCGGGGUGGGCUGCGCCGACGCAGAGCCCGUAUAGCAUGGAGCAGCUGCGGCGCUACGCGUUCACGCUGCCGCGCACGCUGUUCCCGCCGAUCAAGCGCCACGGACACGUGACGCUGGAUGUGUGCACGCCUGCGGGGACGCUGGAGCGGUGGACGGUGCCAAAGUCGUAUUCGAGGACCGCGUUCCGGGAUGCGCGCAAGAGCCGGUGGGGGGAUCUGUGGGCGCUGGGCGGGAAGAGCAAGACGCUGCGGAAUGUGCGGGUGGGGGGGAAGGCGCCGGCGGGGAAGAUUGCGAAGCUGAUGAGGGUGCCGGAUGGGGAGGGGGGCGUGGAGGAGAGGGUGGCGUAUAAGAGUGUGGAUGGUGCGGGGAAGCAUUGGUCGCGCGGGAAGGCGGGCCUGGGGGACCGGGUGGCGUAUAAGAGUGUGGAUGGUGCGGGGAAGCAUUGGUCGCGCGGGAAGGCGGGCCUGGGGGAGAGGAUUAGGGAGAGGCAGAAGGGGAGGAGGGAGAUUAGGUGGAGGGCGAGGGAGAAGGAGAUGGGGGUGGAGGGGUAUUAG